AAAAACCACAAUGAAGUACCACUACACACCUAUUAGAAUGCCUAAACUGAAAGACUGACCAUACCAGAUGCUGGCCAGGAUGUGUAGAACACUGGAAUUCUCACACCCUGAUGGUGAAAGCUGACAAGAGAUUUUCACAUAUUGAGGUAUAUGGGGUAACUAUUCAGAAAGUAGAGUAGUGUUUCCGUGGGGCGGACGGUGAGAACAGGGUUUAACGACAAGCGGCACGAGCUAUCUCAUGCAGGUGAAGGGUAUUUUCUAACACUUGCUGCUGAUGGUGUAACUCAGUAAAUUUAAUAAAAAUACUUAACUGAACAUUUUAAAUGGGUACAUUUUAAGGUAGACACCCCCAAUCCCUACAGGGCCAUUCAGCAGCUGGCUGCCGGCCUCCUAAGAGAGAGGCGUCACAGUCCUGAGGGGACUGAAGUGUGUAGCACAGGGGCCUAAAGGUGCAGGUGGCAGGGGGGAAUUCCUGCAGCCAGCUUCCCGUGGGGAGGCUUCUCUUCUGAACACCUCCAUUCCUGCCCAGGGUCUCAAAGACACAGAAGCUGGCAUCUCACCUCUAAGGGUCCAAGGUGCAUGGCUUAAGUCCCUGGGUGAGGAAACAGAGUGGUCAUGUGUUGUCAUGGCUUGAGAAUUAAUCCAUGGCCUCUGCAGUGUCUUCUAUAGAAAAGGCUGUGACAACUAAUGCACCUGCUGCUAUCAGCGGCAAAGCCUUCUCACAGGACCCUUCCUAAGUACAAGAGGACUGGCAGUGCAGUGUCCCCAUUAGUCCAGGGAGGAGAGGAAGACAAGGUGUGGAGGAGCCCUUGAUGUCUCUCCAACGUCUACUACCGUUGUGUAAUAGAUGCUCAACAAAAAGCAGCUGUUCUGAUUUAUUACAACAAAAUCCCCUUCAUUUCUGUGAGGGGUGUCUGAGAAAGUCAAGUUUGCCCUGAAAUUCUCCACCUUUUGCAGGUGCAGACGUACCAUGUGACAGGUGCUUCAAAUCCAAGAUCAUGUCUAAUUUUCACAUUAUUCUCCAGGUCUCAGCAGGGAGAGAUUGCCCUCUUCACUCCACAGCACAGUCUUAACCUGUGAGUUUCUGCUACCGUCCACAUUGCUGUACGGGCCUGAACAGUUGGACACAGGUGCACACUAGAUCUUUACUGGAAGGAGGAUAAAUGAGUGAAAAUCCCUGCACUGAGCACGCAAUAGAAGGUCACCAUAAACCCGGAGGAGCAUCUCGAAGCCACCGCCGCUGCUCAACCUGGACAGGACAAACGCAAUCCGGAAAAGAAAUGGCUCGCUGAGUCCGGCUCGCUGGUGCCGAGACCCCACGGGAAGGGGGCUUCUCCCUUGAACCCCUCGGCCCUGGGCGCGGCAGCCCCCAUCCAGCCCUUCCCCAGGAUGGCAGCCCUUCUCAGCCAGGGUGGACGAGGACCCUCCCGAGGGAGGCCGGAGGGCUGCCCCCGCCCCAAAGCACAGGCCCACAGAAGCCCCGUGCCCCUCCUGUGCGCUCUGGGGGACCCAGGGCAGGACUGUCAGCCGAGGGCUACCCGCCCCCUCCGCAGCCAACCGGGGGUCAGAGCCUGGGGGUGAGGGGUGCAGACAAACGCGGCAGGCGCAGGGCUGAGGCCAGGCCAGAGUCAAGGGGAGGAGCAGAGCACGGUCGAGGAAGCCGAGGAUCCUCUGCCCCUGCCAUCAGCCCCGGGAGACCCCUGGCCACGGUGGCCGGAUGUGACGUCCCCUGGCUUCCGCCUCGGAGGUCUGGGAGCACCGAGGGCCUCGCUGAUGCAGGCCGGAUUCGGGGCGGCAGAGGGAAGGAGCCCAGGCCAGGCCAGGUGCCCAGGGAGCCCCGGGAGGAAGGACUCCGGGCCCACGGCGUCCAGGUCUGCCCCCGCCAUCAGCCCUGAGGGACCAUGGGGGAAGUGGGAUGGACAGGCUGAGCCCCCGUCCCCCUCCUCAGAGGAGCCUGCUGGGGAGGGCCCGGGGGAGGGAGCGGACUCAGGGACAGAGGCGGGGCCAGGCCCUGCUGGGGGUCAGGGAAGGAGCAGAGGGUGGCCAAGGACCCCAGGGACUAACCCCCCACUGGCCCCUGCCCUCAGCCCUAGGCGUCCCUGGGCUUAGUGGCUUGAGGUGACCCUCACAGCCUUCCCCAGGGGGUCUCAGGGGAGUCAGGGCCUCAGCUCCACAGAGGGAGGGUCCCAGGACCUGCCAGGGCUCAAGCUGAGGACCCCGAGGGAGGAGAAGAGGACCCCGCAGAAACACGCCCUUGCCGUCAGGGCCGCGAGUCCCUGCGGCGCUAUUACCAGAGGCGGCCUUUCCCGCCUUCCGCAUCCGGGUCUCAGAGAGACUGGGGACUGGGUCAGAGAGCAGCGCCUGAGGGGCCAGAGGGGGGCGCCCAGGGCCUGCUGGAGUCCCGGGGAGACGCCGAGGGAGGGCUGAGGACCCUGGACCCCAGGACAGAGAGGGAGCCUGUGGCCCUGCGCUCGGGCUUGGGAGGCCCCAGAGAGGGCCACCUGAGGAGGCGUUUCCAGCCUUCUGCCUCCGGAGUCUUCAGGGGGUGAGGACUGUGACUUCAGGUCAGCCGAGGGUGGGGUCCCCGGACCCCGAGGGAGGACUGAGCAGACCCCCCGCCCAGACAUAGGCGACCCCAGCAGAAAUCUGCCCCUGUGGUCAGUCCUGCGAGGCCAGGCAGGAUGUCAGGAGGGGUGGCCUGUCCACUUCCUGCUCGGUGUCUCAGUGGCAUGGUGGCCUUGGCCUGCAGGAUGCUGCCUCAGGUUAGCAGAAGGGAAGGGUCCAGGCCUGGCCAGGAGUAACUAGGAAUACCUUGAGGACUCUGAGGGGACUCCCACCCCAGGCAGAGGGGGGCCCACUGAAAUCGGCCCUGCCCCUGUCACCCUGAAGACCCCAGGCAGGGGUGGCGGCAGGUGGUGCAGCCCACUCACCUCUGCCUCGGGCUCUGCCAGGUGAGGCCUUGUUCUGUGGGGCGACGGCGGGUCAGCAGAGGGAGCCACAUCUGGUCAGCAGAGGAAGGGGUCCCGGAUCUGCCCGGACUCCAGACAAGGAGCCUUUGGGAGGAACGGAGGGCAUGGAGGUUCCCCCCACCCCAGAAGAGAAGGGACCUCACAGAGGCCAGCUUCCCCUGUUCUCGGCCCAGGGAGGCCCCGGGGCAGGGAGGGCUGGAAGUGGCCUGCUCCGACUUCCGUCAUAUGGUUGGGGAUGGGGGAUCUCAGGGAGGUGAGGCCUUGGUCUGAGGGGAGAUGGCAGGUUGGCCAAGGGUGGAGUCCCAGGACCUGUUUGGUGUCAAGGUGAGGACCCUUCCUGAGGACUGAAGGUACCCCCACCUCAGCAAAGAACGGACGGCACAGAGUCCGGCUGUCCCCUGUUCUCAGCCCUGGAAGCAACAGUCAGCGGUGGUCCCACAUGGCACGCUCACUUCUAGCCUGGGCGGGAAGGUGGGGGUCCUCAGGAGGAGAGGGCCUGGUCUAAGGGGGAGAUGUCAGCUGUCCCAGGCGGUGGGCUGCGAGGAAGGGCAGGCCCCGGCAGGAGGAAAGAUGAAUGACCUACAGGAGGUCUGGGGGAGCCCCCAUCCCAGGACAUCGGGGCUGGUCCCUGCUGCCACCUUUUGUGAUGGCAGCAGGGGUGCGGGUGGGUGGGCGUGCAUGUGCAACCUCCUCUGGUUUCUCUCAGAAGCUCAGGGAGGUGAGGACCUUCGUCUGUGAGGACAACGUCAGGUCAUCUGAGGAAGCACAUCUGGUCAGCUGACACAGACUCCAGGAGUCAAGGACCCCGAGGGAGGAUUUCAGGGGUCUGUGGUCUUGUUCUGAGAAGUUUGCCUCAGGCCAGCAGAGGGGUGGGGCCCAGGCCCAGCCAGGGGAAAGGAACCUGGAGGUGAAGGCCUUGAGGCUCGUGUGCUCAGGUCACAGACCAGAGGAGCCCCAGGCAGUGCCAGGAGUCAAGGUUCGUGGGGACAGGCUGCACUGGAGGACAGAGCCCUGUGAAGCCGAGAGCACCCCUAAAAGGAGGCCCGAGUCGUCAUGCCUCGUGCUCCAAAGCGACGGCGCUACAUGCUUGAGGAAGGCCUUCAGUCCCAAAGCGAGACGCAGGGCCCAGUGGGUGCACUGCUUCCUGUGGCUGUGGAAGAGGAUACUUCUUCGUCCUCCACCUGCUCCUCCUCUUUCCCCUCCCCUUUCCCCUCCCCCUCCUCCUCCUCUUCCUCUUGCUAUCCUCUCUUGUCGAGCACACCAGAGGAGGUUGAUGAUGUCGCUGGGGCCCCGAGUCCUCCCCAGAGCCCUCAGAGUGCCCGCCCCUCCCCCACUGCCAUGGCCUCCCCUCCACUGAGCCAGUCUGAAGACGACAGCUCCAGCAGCCGAGGAGAGGAGGGUCCGAGCACCUCGCAGGCCCUGCCAUACACUGCGUCCUUUCCCAGAAUUGUGAUUGAUGGCAAGGUGGCUGAGCUGGUGGAGUUCCUGCUUGUCAAGUAUCGCACAAAGGAGCCGACCACAAAGGCGGAGAUGCUGAAUACGGUCCUCAGAGAUUACCAGGACCACUUCCCUGUGAUCUUCAGUGAAGCCUCUGAGUGCAUGCAGCUCGUCUUUGGCGUUGACGUGAAGGAAGUGGACCCCAGCGACCACGCCUAUGUCCUGGUCACCACCCUGGGCCUCACCUACGAUGGGAUGCUGAGCGAUGAGCAGAGCAUGCCCAAGACUGGCCUCCUGGUGAUGCUCCUGGGCGUCAUCCUCCUGCGGGGCGACCGUGCCCCUGAGGAGGACGUCUGGGAAGCACUGAGUGUCAUGGGGGUGCGUGCCGGGAGGGAGCACUUCAUCUAUGGGGAGCCCAGGGAGCUUAUCACUAAAGUUUGGGUGCAGGAGCAGUACGUGGAGUACCGGCAGGUACCCAACAGCGAUCGUGCUCGCUACGAGUUCCUGUGGGGUCCCAGGGCCCACGCUGAAACCAGCAAGAUGAGUGUCCUGGAGUUUUUUGCCAGUGCCAUUGGGAGUGACCUCAGGUCCUUCCCAGUGUGGUAUGAGGAAGCUUUGAGAGAUCAGGAAGAGAGAGUUCAGGCCAGAAUUGCCAGCACGGAUAACGCUACUGACACGGCCAGUGCAAGUUGUAGUACUGUGCCCGGUAGCUCCUCCUGCCCUGAGUGAAGUCUAAAGCAGAUUCUUCACUCUGUGUUUUAGGAAGGCAGUCAAUGAUCUAAGCAGUGGAGGGCCAGGCUGGGGCUGAGGGUAUUAUAGGGCAUAACAGCUUUGUGUUCCUGUUCCAUAGGGGUGACUUUGAAAUGUAUCAUCAUCUUUUUCUUUCUGCUUUUCUUCUUAUUUGUGGUGAGGAAGAUUGGCCCUGAACUAACAUCAGUUGGCAAUCUUCCUCUUUUUGCUUGAGGAAGAUUGUCCCUUAGCUAAGAUCUAUGCCAGUCUUCCUCUAUUUUUUGUACGUGGGACGCCACCACAGCAUGGCUUGAUUAGCAGCACAUAGGUCUGUGCCAGGGAUCCAAACCCACGAAAACUGGGCCACCAAAGUGGAGAGCACUAACUGAACCGCUACACCACCUGGCGGGCCCCUCUUCUUUUAUUUUUUGCAUUUUAAAAUGUUGUUACUUUUAAUUGAACAUGUGUUAGCUUCCAAUCUAAGUUUAUGAAUGACAUUGGUCACACGUUUAUUGCUAUUUAUCCAGUUUAAAAGAAAGUUUUGCUAUUUUGUGAAAAAAUAAAAGAGGAAUCCCUUCUGUUUUAUUUCUUCUGUAACAAGAUAACUUGACAUUGGAAUAGGAAUUUCAUUGGAAAUGUGAAAGAACUUAGGAGUAAAAUAGAGAAAAAAUUUAAAUGGUUCAUUUUUGAAUUAUCAUUUUUAGACUAUCAUUGUGUAAAAUGAAGAGAUAUAUACCAAGAUUUUCUUAACUUAUCCAAGAAUGUAGAAGAAAUUAAAUAGUAGCAAAUCAA